AUGCAAACAAUCGGCAAAAGUUUCUUGCCAGAAACUAAAGGACUGCAAACCUUCUUCAGCUCUAAAAUCAGCGAUCUAGGACAGAAAGAUGUUGCACAUGGAUGUCAGGGUCAGGUGGUAAAUAUCGCUUUGGUGAGCGGUGAUUUGUGCGAGAAGUAUCACCAUAUGGGUUUUAAUAGGCCUGGGAAUGUCAUGUACAUCACGGAUCGUGCUAACAUGUCUGGCGUGAGUCUGGAAGAGCGUUAGAUUGAGAAUGCCUUAAGAAAACUGAAAGAAUUCAGCAUAGAUGUUGUGCUUGUGAGUGGCAUGGCUGGCGUGAAACUCAAAGAGAGAGUUCUUGGUGCAAACGCCCUUGUUAUUGAAAGUGUUUAAAGCAGCUUUUUAAAGGACUGUACAGGCGUUGUUCCGGUUUCGUACAUCACACAGAUUGACGAGAACUGUGUGGGACAGGGAGUUACAGUCAGUCAACAGAGAGAUUUCAGCGAGGUCAGCAUCAUGACUGCAAGCACAUCUCUGGUCACGGCGGUCACAAGCAGCUCUGUAUAUGCUAAACUACAAAGCUUGGAGGAUCAAUUUUGGAGCUGUGCUCAUCGGUUGCACCAAGCUCUCACAGAUGGGAAGUUGCUGCAUGGUGCAGGAACCACCAGACUCAUUUGCAUCCAGCAGCUUCAUCAAUAUAAACAGAGAGAGAUGGAAAACCCACAGGAAGGUGUGGAGCAGGAGCUGAUGGCCAAAGCCCAGAUGGAUUAUGUCUCCACUUUGAUGAUGAACAGCAGGUCGGUGGGGUCUAAAGCAGAGGGUUUCACAUCAGAUGAGACUUUAUAAACAUAGAAGCCAUAUGACAGGAUGCAGAUGGAGCUGGGGUGUAUGAUGGUGUAUGAUAACGUGACUGUGAAGUCUGAAGGAGCUCUUGAUCUGGUGCUUCUGGUGCUUCAGUCUGACACGGAGAUCAUUACCGCUGUCAGUGAAGGAGAAAAUGUUUGAUAUCUCAGGCAUAAUAAUUCUUUUUAAUUAAAACAGAAUUUUAACCUUUUAUUUUUAUAUAUUCGUCACUUUGAAGUUACUUCAGGUCUUUUCUAUAUAAAUAACAAUAUGCUACAAUGCAUGAUAUCAUGAGUGUUGUUCCAGGCCUGAAAAAAUGAAUGUUUUUGUUGAAUUAAUUUGUGUUUCAUUUAUUAUUUGUCUGUUUUAUACAACAAUUCAUAUGCGUUGGAAAUUAAUGAUUAAGUUUUAUAUAUGAUUAUUGAAAAUGCCUAAAAAAGGAAUAAAUACAUAAAUUCAGGACUAAAAUAUG